AUGGGGAAGAAUGAUAUCCAAGUAUUCAAGAUCCCUCGAGAUGAGCUCCUAGCUUGGUGGGAUAGUAUGGGUGAAGCCAAUCGGACGUACGCCAAGACACGACUGGGAUAUUUGCUGGACUUGAUGAAGAUCGAAUGUCCUCCCGCUUUCAUCCAAGCCAUGGCGCAAUUUUGGGAUCCGAUCACCGCCACAUUCAACAUGGAAGGACUCGAGCUCACUCCUACUCUAGAGGAGUAUAGUGCCGCCAUCGGAGUUGAUUUUACACCUCGUCUUGUCCAACCCCCGAUAGGAUAUGAACCCCUUAGUUCCUUAGCUGAAUUCUUAGAUACUAAUCUUUUCGAGGUGAUUUUAAUCACGGAACAACCAAGAGGUCGUAUUAGAACUCGUCCGAGAACCAGAAUAGAGCGGGAAGAGCCGAGCCCGAGAGUCGGUGUUCUCGAGACACAAGUGAACUCGCUGGUGGUGAUGAUAACAGAGAUGAAAGCUUUGCUGGAAGCUUCUCAUGCAAGACAGCCGGCGAUACCGGAUCUGAACAAUCCUGCUCAUCCAUCACCAUCUAACGUUAGCGAUAAGGGGCAACAUGAAGGCGCCCAUCCUGUUCCCGAAGUCACUCAAGCUCCUCGGGUUAAUCCACAACCUAAAGCGUUGCUCGUAGUUAUCAAUUUGGAGAAGGAGGAGAAGGGAAAAUCUGCGGUUAGAACGGAAGAAGGGGCUAAGAGGUUGGCCAAGAUCGAAGAAUGUCUGAGUAGUCAAGGCUAUGAGCUAGCCAGAUUUGAUAAGAUCUCCCCUUUUGCGAAAAUUGAGGUGCCGCCAGAUUACAAGGAACCGGAAUUUGUCGAAAAGUACAACGGGACAGGCCGUCCUCGUGCUCAUUUGAAAUAUUAUCUGCGCAAGAUGGCGCAUUAUUCGGAUUAUGUCCCUCUCUUAAUGAAUACGUUUCAAGAAAGUUUGGCAUGCGCCGCUUUGGCCUGGUUCAUCGAGUUAGACUUAGAAGAUUACGAUGGUUGGGAGGAUUUAGCUGAAGAUUUUCUGCAUCGGUACAAGUUUAACACCGCUACAGCCCCUACUCGAGAAGACUUGCUUAGAACCGUGAAAGGAAAAAACGAGCAGAUCCGCACGUAUGCCCAGAGGUGGCGAGCCUUGGCGACGCAAGUUAAACCGUCUAUCCCGGAAGAUGAAUUGGUGGACUUGUUUCUAAAGGCACUCCCAUACGAAUACUUUGACAAGUUGAACAUGUCGGGUUGUCAGACAUUUGUCCAUCCGAUAAAAGUUGCGAAAAGGCCGGAAUGGGCUAUGAGAGAAAGAAAAGCCCCAGAAGUGCCGGCAAGACGCCAGUAUGCAUUGAGAAAAGAAGGUGGGGCGGGAGUUGACAUUGCCUUUGUACCGAAUCCACCAAAGCCCAAACAGUUCUCGAAUUCCAACCCAACACAGGGAGGGUCGUCAUGGUCGACGCAAAAGGUGCAAGAACCGAGGAAGAAGCCACCUCCUAAGCGGUUCACGCCCCUUCCUAGGCCAUUAUCCAAGUUGCUUCCGAUGCUAUUGGAGGAGCGUUUAGUUGCGAAAGAACCGCCAAGGCCAAACCCAAUGAAAUAUCCCGGAUAUGAUGAAGGCCGGUCGUGUGUCUAUCAUAUGGGGGAGAGAGGACAUAAUGUCGACAACUGCUACAUCCUAAAACUCAAGGUGCAAGCCCUUAUUGAUAACCAUCUUGUGGAGUUUGACAAGACGGCGCCUAAUGUACAACAGAAUCCGCUCCCUGAUCACUAG